UUGCAGCCCACCCACCACCCCACCCCACCCCACUCUCUCCCUCGCUCUUCUCGCCCAAACCCAAGAACCCUGACCCAGCAGCACGCGCAGGACCCGAGAGAGAAAGGAAUGGAAGAGGAGGCCCGGCCGCCCCUGCUCCCCGUGCGCGUCCCGGUGAACGGCGAGGACCUGGCCCCGGCCUCCGCUGGCGCGUGCGGCGUCGGCGGCGGCAGGGCGGAGAUCGACACCUCGGCGCCGUUCGAGUCCGUGCGGGAGGCCGUCGACCGCUUCGGCGGCAGCGCCGCCUGGAGCUCCCACCUCGUCAACCGCAUCUUCGCGCACCACAAGAAACAGAACCAGACUGUGUGUGGGGGGACUGAAGACGAGCAAUGCGUCAAUCUGGCGGAGCAGACGGCGCAGAUAGAGAAGGAGCUCGGCGCCAAGGAGAGGGAGACGCUCGAUGUGCUCAAACAACUCGAGUCUGCCAAGAAGAUCAUCGCAGAUUUGAAGCUCAAGAUUCAGAAGAAAACGGCUGAAGAUACAUUGCAGCCUGAAGAAGAGAAGCAGCAGCAACAGCAAGAGAGCAACUGCUCUCUCACUGAAGUGCCCACAGCAGAACCUGAAGUGAAGCAGCCUGAAGGAAACGCUGAAGCUACCGAAGAAGAGCAAACAGCAGAACCUGAAGCAAAGCAGCAGCCUGAGGGAAAUGCUGAAGGUGCAGAAAUGCAAGCAGCAGAACCUGAAGUGAGGCAGCCUGAGGGAAAUGAUGGAGCCGAUGUGGACAUGUGCGCCGGCCUAGACGAACAAGAGCAGCAGCAGCAGCAUACUAACUUGGUUCUGAUGGAGCUCGAGCAGGCAAAGUCGAACCUGAACAGAACCACGGGUGAUCUCGCUGCCAUAAGAGCCUCCAUCGAGUCGCUGCGCAACGACAUCGCGACGGAGAAAGUCUUGGUGGAGAGGAGCCGGGAGAAGGUGUCCUCGGACGCCACCUUGGUUUCUUCUCUGAAGCAGGAGCUGGACCAGACCACGCAGAAGCUGCAGACGCUGAAGGACCUGCAGAGAAGGCGCGAGGACCCCUCGGACAUCUUCUUCGAGAUCAAGAGGAUGACUACCGAGAUAGAGCAGCUCAGGAAUGCAGCAAAUGCGUCGAAAUCUGAAGCCAUGAUGUUAGCUGCCGAGAUUGAGCAGACCAAGGCCACCAUCGGCACUGCUGAAGUGAGAUGUCUUGCUGCCAAGAAGAUGGAGGAAGCAGCAAGGGCAGCUGAAGCUCUUGCACUAGCUGAGAUCAAGGCCCUACUCUGCAGUGAAGCCUCAGCUGAAGGUCUCCAGGGUGAAGAUGGAGUGAGCCUUUCAGUGGAAGAGUACUCCGAGCUUGCUUCGAUGGCUCGAGAGGCCGAUGAAAGCUCAAGGAACAAGAUUGCAGCUGCCAUGGUCCAUGUCGACGAAGCCAACCAAUCAAAGUCGGAGUCACUCACAAGGCUGGAAGAAGCCAAAAUGGAGGUUGAGGAAUGCAAGAAGGCACUGCAGGAGGCUCUGAAGAGGGUAGAGACUGCCAACCGAAGAAAGUUUGCGGUGGAAGAGACCCUUCGGAGAUGCCGAUCGGAGACCGGACACAAGAGGCGCUCAUUCCGUGGCUCCCCCAAGUUCAAAACUGCAGCACAUCGCCACAGAGAUGACUCUCACUGCAUGGACAUCAUCGAUGUUUCAGACAACUCCAUGAAGCCGACACUGUCGAUCGGGCAGAUACUGAGUAUGAAGCUAAUGGGGCCUGAUGGGUACGACAAGAGCGUGUCGGACGACACGAGUACGAGUGAAACCUCUAGCAUCUCCCUCGGUCAGAUCCUGAACAGGAGGCAGGCAAUCUUGACUUAUAGCAGUGAUACAAGUGCUAACAACAAAUUCUCAGGAAAGAGGAAGAAGUUUGCCUUCACUGGGCUUUCAGUUUUCCUGGCUAAGCAGGCUAAGAGCAAGAAGAAGAGAGGGUCAGAUGAGAACUGAUGUUAACUCUGCCAGAACACUAGCUAGUUACUGAGUGUUUUGACCCCCUAUUUCCAUGUCUGUGUUCAUGUACAAUGUUCCUAGGAGGAGUAUAUGUUUCUAGGUCUAAUGAGGUUCUGAUAUUUAUGUAGCUCCAUGUACCAGUUCAUCAGUCUAGCAUCUCCUGAGUGAUGUUGCUGAUUAGUUAGUUAAGAGUUAGAUUGGUAUCAUGUGCUCUAUGAACAUGGAAGAUUCCAGUUGAGUUAGCUCUGUAUCAUGCACCCUGUGGUCAUGUAAGACAUUUGAUUUGGAGUAUUCGAUCUGUUUGGGUAAA